CGUCGGAUAUCCUCUGCGCUGAACGGAGGUGGCUUAAAGGACCUCGUGUGCUAGAAACGGCGCUGCUCUUUGAAAAUUUGCUGUUUGUAACUCGAUUUUUAUCGAAUUAAGCUGCUUUAAAGGUUUUGGCUCAGCCAGCCGUCACCGCAGACCACCAAACCAGCCGAAUAUUGGACUUCAGCUUCAGCCACCAUGUUUCUGCAGUUCUAUCUGAACGAGAACGGAGAGAGGGUUUACACACUGAAGAAGGUGGAUCCAGAAGGCCGACCCACCAGCUCUGCACACCCGGCUCGGUUCUCCCCUGAUGACAAGUUUUCCCGGCAUCGAGUGACCAUCAAGAAACGUUUCGGGCUUCUGCUGACCCAACAGCCACGACCUGUGCUGUGAAAUGGACACAAAGCCAUUAUCGUGUGUGUGUGUGUGUGUGUGUGUGUGUGUGUGUGUGUGUGUGUGUGUGUGUGUGUUUGUAUCCCCCUACCCAAAGACUGACCUGUGAUACUGAUGAUAUGGAUUAUUGUAUUACUCUGUUCAGCAUAAUUUGAUAUGAACUACUUUUUUUAACAUGAUCACCCCUGCCCUGUACUGUGAUUUGAUACUUGUGCGCAGGAGCCUCACAUUUACAAUAAAACAUUUGAUUUUGCUGAUA